AUGAUAAAAGAGAAUCAUACUGCAUUAUCUGACUUCAUUUUUGUUGGAUAUUCUGAACUUCCAAUUCUGCAGGUGUUGCUGUUUGUGGUGUUCCUCUUGAUCUACAUGACCAUCAUAACAGGAAAUGUACUUAUCAUUUACAUUAUUGUGACUAAUCCUUCCCUUGAUACUCCAAUGUAUUUCUUUUUGAAGAGCCUGGCCUUCCUGGAGAUCUUCUACACCUCAGUCACCCUUCCAAAAAUACUGGUCAGUUUUGUGGCACAAAACAAGACAAUCUCAUUUGUUGGCUGGACUGCUCAGAUCUACUUUGUACUUUUUCUCAGAGGCACUGAGUGUUUCCUUCUGGCCACCAUGGCCUAUGACCGAUAUGUGGCCAUAUGUAACCCCCUGCAUUAUAAACUCAUAAUGUGCAAAGAACUCUGUUUAGGACUUGUUACAGGGGCAUUGAUCAUCAACAUGCCUGUCUAUAUAGGACAGAUAUACCUCCUGUUUACCUUGCUCUAUUGUAGCACUUGUGAAAUUAACAACUUCUUCUGUGAUAUACCACCUGUGCUGGAGCUGGCCUGUGCAGAUACCUUUGCAAGUGAAGUUUACAUGGCUGCAGCCUCUGCAUUAAUCCUAGUCCUCCCUUUUUGUCCUAUCUUUGCUUCUUAUGUCAAAAUAAUCUUUGUAAUUCUGAAGAUGCCUUCAGUUGAAGGUUGGAAGAAACUGUUUGCUACAUGUUCUUCACACCUUAUUGUGGUAUCCCUUUUCUAUGGGUCAGCAACUAUUGUCUAUGUAAGUUCCAGGUCAAAAGAGACAUUAAUUGUGAAUAAAUUGCUUUCCUUGUUCUACACCAUUUUGAUUCCUAUGCUUAAUCCCAUCAUCUAUAACCUGAGAAACACAGAAGUGAAGGUUUCCUUGAGAAAAUUGUUUGGAACGUGUCAGCCUGAUUGUACCUCAUAG